UCUAUAUCAUUUAUUGAAAUAAUGAGCACAAUGUAUCAUAUACAAUGAUAUAUGUUGAUCCGAUGCUUAAGGACAUUAACUUCCCGUCGUAAUUGUACUAUGCGUAGUACGUAACAGUAUUUGUACUGUUCCUAUCCAUGAACAUAUUGAUACAUUGAGAUCCAACUAUCAUGUCAUCAACAUGAGAUUUGUCACUAUGACCAGAGCCAUGAAACAUCCACAUCCUUGGUUAGGUGAACACUGCAAGUCUCAACAAAUAACUUGCGGAGAGUAACGAACAACGACCUCAUUCUAUAAUGGCGGACCUGAGCUACAUUUCAUGUCCAAACACUGCCUAUAUCCGGUACAUGUCAAUACCGGACGUGUUGCAAGAAAGGACGAAUGAGGCUCCAGAAAAGGAAAUAUGCGUUCAGAGAUUUGUGGGAGGCGGUAGGAGGUCACUGACGUAUGCUGAACUGUUAAACAGGUCAACAUAUAUUGCCAAAUAUCUUACCGCUAGAGGAAUUGUGCCAGGGGACUGUGUGGCCAUUAUUGGUCUCAACUCCAUCGAGUGGAUAAUAGGCGAGUUCGCAAUCUUCCUUACAGGAGCAGUUGCUCUUCAGGUUAACAAGACAGAUGAGUCGUUCGUCGAGACGAUGAAGUUACUUAAGUCUACACAGAGCAAGGCUGUGUUGCUUGAUCCUGAAUCGGACGAAAAGUACAUAUCAGAUUUGGAAGCCUACUUCACUAUCGAGGAAUCGCCAAAAGAAAAACCGAUAGUUAUGUUGCUACAUAAAUCAGCACUGUCCUCUCUCCCCUCGAUGGCUGAGGUUAAACUGACAGCUGAAGAGGAGGUAAUUGCAUUGCCAAGAAUACAACCAGAGAGUAGUGCCUUCAUUUUUACUACUUCUGGUUCGACAGGAGUUCCAAAGAUGGUCGAGAUGACUCAUUUGUCAGUGGUGAAUGCUUCCUAUAUCCCUUUUGCAGGAACAGGAGGAGAUAUGCCAUACGGUACUUGCUACAACGACCGACCGUUCUCCUGGUCAGGAGGCACUCCGAUAUAUAGUAUCCUUAAUGGUAAUAAGCGAGUGUUUGUUGACACAGCGAUAGGCAUGAAGAAAGAAAACAUCAUGUUGAUAUGGGAUAUCAUCAUGGCUGAGAAAUGCACAAACGCCGUCUUCCUCCCUUAUGCCUUGGUCGAUAUCAUUGCAAACCUUGACGCCAUCCUCAAACACGGCUAUAUCAUGUACUCCAUUAUUACAGGUUCACAGAAUAUCGGCAGUCAUCUCACUGAAAUGUGUGGUAAAUGUACAAAGAAGUUCUUCAUGAAUUACGGGUGUACUGAAGUUGGAGACAUGUGUGUUAUCGAACUUACUCCAAAAAUGGAGGAAGGCAAUGUCGGAUCGCUGUUUCCAGGAUAUGAAGUCAAGGUUAUCGGAGUCAACUGUGAAACACUGCAUCGUGAACAGCUGGGUGAAAUCUUAGUGAGAUCUCCAUGGAUGCUAAAAUCAUAUCGAAACGCUCCUGAACUGAGUACAGCUUCCUUUGUUGAUGGGGGCUGGUUUCGAACCGGAGAUAUUGGGAUCAUUACCACCGACGGCAAGCUAUUUGUGAAAGGAAAAUCUAAUGACGUUAUUAAGCGUGGAGGCUUGAAGGUUUUGACCAGCGUGGUUGAAGCAGCGAUGUAUAAACUCCCGUGUGUAAGGGAGGUCGUAGUGAUCUCGGUACCGGACAAACGGCUUUUUGAGGAGGUGUGCGCCUGUUACAUACUGAAGGAUUAUGUGAAUGCAUCAGAAGAUGAACUUGACCAGAAAUGUCGAGCGAUCCUAGGGGAUAAUGUGUUGGGCAGUACACCUACCUACUUUCUCAGGUUUGAUGCGUUUCCGAGAUUGAGUAAUGGUAAGACUAACAGGACCCGUGUAAAAACACAAGCCCUGGGAAGAUUGGAACUCGAUUUAAUUCAGUAAUUAAUGGCAGUUGCUGAUUUUUUUAUUUGUGCGCAAAACAUUAAAUACUUGAUAAUUACAAUAUAUACACCAUAUCUAUUCAGAUUCCCAUAUACUCUUGUUUUAUUAGCCUUCACUGCAUAUAGGCGCUUUCGCCUUUCAGGACAUUUUCGAAUAUUUCUUUAUGUACUUUAGAAACUGUCCCCUUUUGUUCGUUGCUGCCACAGAUGAGUGCAAAGCGAACGGAAUAGACAUAGAGUGCAACGAUUAGUUACCUUGUUUGAUAAUUUCGUGAACGAGUUUUGGGCGUCUCGUAGUUUACUAUGUUUCGUAAAUAUCUUUCUUUACUAGAUUGAGGUAGUUAUAAUUACUUGCAGACUAUCAGUCCCUGUAAUACGCAGUAAUAUUAAGCUUUAGCGGACGACAUGGAGUUGGACUACUAACAGGAGCAUUCUCGGUAACAAGAAUAAAUUCGCGGAUGUUUGAUCGGGCAGCAAACGAAAAGUAAGUGACAAGACUCAUCAAAGAAAAGAGAGAUGCUAUCUUUGAAGAAAAUGUUAAAGCAGUAUUGAUGACACCACAACAAAAGAACUUGUGAUGCACAAAAAAUCAACAAUAUGGCUGUAGCUAUGACAGCAAAAAAGUGCAUCUCACCUCUACACAGAUAACGUCAGUGACUCUUAACCUGGACGACGUCAAACUAAUAGUUGGCAAUCGUUACUUAAUAUCUAUGCAAAAUGCGAUAUUCCAACCUUAGCGGCCCGAAAUUAUGUUUUACUGUUCCUGGAAGAUGUCAAACAUUCUGUCCAAACUGGAUACAUGAAUACUACAGUCCAGGUAGAGGAAGCUGGAUACAUUGAUUCUACAGUCCAGGUAGAGGAAGCUGAAUACAUGGAUUCUACAGUCCAGGUAGAGGAAGCUGGAUACAUGGUUUCUGCAGUCCAUGUAGAGGAAGCUGCAUCUGCUUUGCUCAAUUUCCAUGUGUGUUUCCCACUAUUGAUACAAGCAAAAUUAGCAAAUUCACCACUGGACAUGGACGUUUAUAAUCAGUGUGCUGUGAACAAAUUGGAACGAUGGAGUCGGGAUCCUUCAGGACUGAUCACAGGAACAGAAACAAUAUGGCAUGGUGCGAAAGGUCGAUCUGUAUAUGAUGACUACAUGGAACGCAUCGCUGUGAAAUUUGCCAGGAAUGACUUACUCAUAUCCUUGUUGAAAGAAAUGGUACAGACUGGGGGAGCAAAAUUGGUAAGCCAUGCUGAGGAACACCUCCCAGAUGGUAUAUAUGCUAAUCCAUCAACACAGGCCAUUUCUGCAUUCAACUCGAUAGGAGAUAUGACCAAUGACAUCAUCGAAAGCACAUUUGGAAUGACAGGCAGAUGAUGAUAGCGCAAUAUUCAAAUCCAGCUUAUGUGUCCAGCUUGGUUGCUGUAAAGCAAGACAAGCCUGUGAACUGGAUCUUCUAUUCCAAACUGGAUGUAGACAAAGUUUGCGAAGUUGCCAUGAAAAGUACUAAGAGGAAACGUUAGCUUUUCGGGACACGCGGCCAGCAAACCAAAGACAGGUUUAUUUCUGUAUGGCCGCAAAGGCUUGCUCUAAUAGCUAAACGUCGCAAAAGAAGGAUGAGGAAAGCAAAAAGACUGAAAGAUAAUUUGAAUAGGGCCAAGACUGAAAAGUGUAGAUGCUGCAAGACUUUAAAAAAUCUCACAAAAAAUAAAGCAUUACGCAUUGUGGAUAUCGCAAUGUACCGUUAAUCCAGUUCAAAGUGCUAAUGUGUUAAAAGGGCUCUUAAAGAAAAAAAGAAAAAACCUGAAUUGUAUUAAGUGAUAUCUCCAAGUCAGCUCCAGCUCCUUGUAUUGCAAAAAAAUGUAUAUGUAGAAUUAGGGGACUAGUCGUUAUCGGACGAUGACACAAUCAACAUGUUCCAGCCAUUGGUGACUUUCCAGGGACAGGACAGGGGACAGAAGUUCAGAGGAUGAAGAUGCAUUGUAUGACGUUGUUACUUUGGCUUCUAAAAAAGCCAAGUUUUAAAUUCCAUGUUUUUGUCCUGACUUUUAUACAUGUUUGAACAAUGUGAUGAAUGUUACUCCAAAUCAUGGAUGUGUCUUCAUGCGGAAAUGUAUUUUGAAAUUUAAAAAAGAAAAGAACAUUUCAAUAUUUAACAAAUAAUUGUGUAAAACAUGAUUACUUUUUUUUAGAUUUAAAUCUAGAAAGAAAUGCAUCAGAAUAAGACCUUUAACUUGUUGACAUAUCAGGCUAUCAUGUAAAACAUGUUUUGAUUGGUAAUUAGUUCAAAGUAACUUACUUUUUUUACUUUUUGGCCUUUUUUGAAGAGUUUCGCCCCUUAAUUUUUCUAAAAUAGUUUUGAGAGGGUACAUUUAUUUCGUAUUUUAAUAUUUUACAUUUUUUUCUUCUUGUAGUCCACAUAUGAACCAUAUUCUUCAAUUUUAAUAUAACUUCAAAAGGAUUUAUGAAUAUUUUGGAAAAUGUGCCAGGACCAAUUUGGACUGUCAUUUUUUUAUCAAGUGAUUUGUUAAAAUUGUGAAUUUUGGUAAUCAUUUAUGCUGAUAAUAGCCUUAUUUCGGUAGAUAUUUUAGUAUUUGUUGAAUGUAAAUCAGUGUAUUUAGAGGUGAUGGCUACUGUAGAUGUGUGAUCAGUGAAAUUAUGACCUGGCAAACAUCCAAAUUUAAUCAGUCUAUGCGAUGCGAUAAUUUGCAUUUAUAGCCAUUUUCUUAAUCUUUGAGAUGCUGUAACUUUUUAAAUUUCAAAGAUAUCCUUUUCAUUUUUGCAGUUGUUAUAAUAAGUAUAUAGGUUAUGUCCACAACAUAGUCAUAUUGGAUUUAUUGUCAUAAAUAAAACAGGUAUUAAACUUUGAAAAUGGCAAUUUGUUAAAAAAUAUUACAUACCGUGGACCUCCCUAACUUCUUACUAUUAUUAUUCUUUCUUUCGGUUUCUUCCACCUGGAAGGUGUCCAACUCAUUUCUGAAAAACUGUUGAACGGAACUAAUUAACCUUUACGCGAGUGUUCAUGAUGGUAAGGAGGUGUGGAAAUGAGUUUUCAUUUUCCGAUCGGUCAACAAAGAUGGCCACCACGGCCUCUGAUUGGUCGAAAUUAAAUAUAUAUUAAAUUGGCUCAUUUUAGGUAUGUAUGUGUAUUUUGGCACUGUUAACUAAGCAGCGACAUCCUUUUCUGUUUCGACAAUUUUACCUCGGUAUUCUAGCUUCUGAUUGGUCGAAAUACAGAUAUUGUUCGAUUUCACUCAAAUUGAGUACGUAGAUGUAUUUUAAGACUGCAAACUCAACUGAGGUAUCGGAUUUCUGAUUCGACAAAAUGGCUGCCAUAUACUGGCUUCUGAUUUGUCGGAACUUAGAUAUUGUUCGAUUUUAUUCAAAGAUGGGGUCAAUA